GAUAGACUUCUGCGUAAGAAAGCUGGAUUGACUGUUGUUCCUUCAUGUAAUGCCUUGAGAAAUUCUGAAUAUCAAAGGCAGUUUGUUUGGAAGACUUCUAAAGAAACUGCUCCAGCUUUUGCAGCCAAUCAGGUAGUUUAAUGGAUGUAAUACAUUUCUGAGUACCAUUAUCUUAUCUAGUAAUGUAGAUUUACAUAGAAUUAAGAGUUGCAAGAAAUUAGGUACUUAAGUAGCCUGGAGGUAGGUUCUAGAAAACCAAAGUGAGAAUUUUGCUAAAAUCGUCCUGUUACUUAUGAUUUAUGGUAGUAAUAUUAUACUGUCCUAGGCUACUGAUGAUCAUUGUUGCCAGAUGCAGCACAUAUACUAAAUAUGAGACAGGGUAAUGAAAACUUGGGGAACUGGUAAGUUUUUGCAUGCUAUAAGAUUUUUUUACUUAAUAAAAAAUUGUUAAAUUGAUCUUAUUCUAAAAUGUUGUGUUUUGUUGACUAAUAUAUUGCAUGUUUCCUGUAUUCUAAGAAAAGCAUAACUGCUUUGAAUAUUUAUUUUAGUAAAUACAAAAUAUGUUGACAAUAACACAAGAUACAUAAUUUUGUCCUUAUAUCAGACAAAUAGUAAUAGGCAUUGUCGGUAUAACUAUAUUUGUAAAAUUCAGAAGCUGUAAUGAUGUGGUUUUAGAUUUCAUUAUACUCCUGAACAGUUUUAGUGUUGAGAUACCAUUACUAAUAAAUAGUCUGCUGUUUUACUACCUUCAUCCUUUAGGCAGUUCUUAGGCUUUAAACUCUCAUUUAUGUUCUUAACAGUACUUCUAGGCAGAGACAGGAAAUACCUCCACUUGUAAUAUUCCCAGAGACCUAUAAUGGCUUAGUCUGUUUUUUCUUCUGGUCUUUGUGUUUUUCUUUAUAAAUAUACAGACUUUCACACACCCUUACAUUCAUUUUCUCCUGUACAUCAGCAUUCACUUGUGUAUUGCGUAUAGCCCUAAGAACUGACAGGAUAAUUAGAUUCAGCAAGACAAUAACAUCUAGUCAUCUUACAUUAAGAUGAAAAAAACACCAGUGAUCCUAUAAAUUGUGGCAGCUUUGGGCUUAUACAAUUUUUAAAAUACCUUUGACAUUUAUAUAACAUUUUAAGAACCUAUGAAGUAACAAAAUGGUAAGUACCCAUUAUUAACCUAGUGAAUAGGAUCAGUACUUUUGCUUGCCUACAGGGUUUUUUGGAGAUUAAGUGUAUCUAAAACAUUAUUUACAACAUGAAAAUUGUAAUUAUUCAGUUUUUUAUAGAGUAUUUGACCUUGAAGAUAGAGCUGAUUCAAAUCAAAUCGUAUCGUCAACAAAUAGGGCUUUUACAUGUCAGUGAAAGCGUUGUGUAGAAAUGUUACUUUUAUAAGAGAAAUCACUAGCAAUAUAUUCACUGGUAGUUUUACUGCUUUCUUUAAUGUGUUUCACAAGCUUUUUUUUUCAGAAGGAAUUGCACAUUGUUCAAAGCAUACUGAAUUCAGAGUCUAUGGAUUGAAGAGCUUUGAGACAGCUUUUAAUGCUUGUUGAUAGGAAACCUCUAAAAAGGUUUUCCACAAUAAAAGCCAGUUUGCUCCACCAUUCAAAGGUAACUCAGUCAUCCAUGAAACUGAAUACAAAAGAAAUUUCAAGGGUUUAUCUCCAGUGAAAGAACCAAAAUUAAGAAAUGAUUUGAGAGAAAACAGAAAUCUUGAAACAGUAUCUCCUGAAAAGAAGAGUAAUGAAAUAGACGAUCCUUUAAAAUUGGAAGCAGAGAUGGAGUUAAAAGACUUACACCAGCCUAAAAAGCUUACUCCUUGGAAACAUCAAAGACUUGGGAAGGUGAAUUCCGAAUAUAGAGCAAAAUUUCUGAGCCCAGCUCAGUAUUUAUAUAAAGCUGGGGCUUGGACAUGUGUGAAGGGAAACAUGCCAAAUCAGGGUUCUCUAAAUGCCAUGUGGUAUGCCGAGGUUAAAGAACUCCGAGAAAAGGCUGAGUUUUAUAGGAAGCGAGUUCAGGGGACACAUUUUUCUCGGGACCACCUGAAUCAGAUUCUGUCUGAUAGCAACUGCUGUUGGGAUGUCUCCUCAACCACAAGCUCAGAAGGAACCGUUAGUAGCAACAUCAGAGCAUUAGAUCUUGCUGGAGAUCCUACAAGCCAUAAGACUUUGCAGAAAUGUCCUUCUACAGAACUAGAAGAAAAAAGAAAGAUCGUGGAAGAACAGCCCCAGAAAGAUACCACAGAGAAAUUGGGAGUGUCAGCUCCCACUCUACCUGUUAGAAGGCGGCUGGCUUGGGAUACAGAGAACGCUAGUGAAGAUAUACAGAAACAGCCCAGGGAGAAAGAGGAGGAGAAGGAAGAGGAUGACGACAAGGAGCAAGGGGACAGGAAAACGGGCAAGCAGGCUUUUAUGGGAGAGCCAGAGAAGUUGGAUGUACAUGAGAAAUCCAAGGCAGACAAGAUGAAAGAAGGGUCGGAUUCUUCUUCUGUAUCCUCAGAAAAAGGAGGCCGGCUUCCUACUCCCAAGCUGAGAGAACUUGGUGGAAUCCAGAGGACUCAUCAUGAUCUCACUACUCCAGCUGUUGGUGGUGCUGUUUUAGUGUCUCCAUCUAAGAUGAAGCCUCCAGCCCCAGAACAGAGGAAAAGAAUGACCUCUCAGGAUUGUUUAGAAACUUCAAAGAAUGAUUUUACUAACAAAGAAAGUCGUGCUGUAUCCCUACUGACUUCUCCAGCCGCUGGUAUAAAAACAGUUGAUCCUCUGCCUUUGCGGGAAGAUUCUGAAGACAAUAUCCCCAGAUUUGCUGAGGCAACUCUUCCAGUUUCAAAAAUUCCAGAAUACCCAACAAAUCCCCCUGGACAGUCACUUUCUCCACCGCAUGUUCCAUCCUACUGGCAUCCCUCUCGUCGAAUUCAGGGCUCUCUUAGAGAUCCAGAGUUUCAGCACAAUGUAGGAAAAGCAAGGAUGAACAAUUCGCAGUUACCUCAGCAUGAAGCCUUUAAUGAUGAAGAUGAGGACAGAUUGUCUGAGAUUUCUGCUCGCUCUGCAGCUUCUAGUCUCCAGGCUUUUCAAACUCUGGCACGAGCUAAGAAAAGGAAGGAGGAUUUCUGGGGUAAAACAUAAACCUAGUUGAGUUGCCUUUAUCUAAGGAAACAUUGGCAUAAUUUUUCUUCAUUGCUUACUGUGUUAAAACUUUUGAGUGUUUGAAUUUUUUCCUAACAUUUUCUACUUUGAAAUAUUUAAUUUCCAAUAGAACAGUUUACUCGGAAAUUUUUAACAUAGGCUUAUACAAAUUUAACUUUUAAUAAAUUCUUUUUACAUCUAUCCCAGACUACAAAGACAUAGAUUAUUGAAUUCUUCACAUGUUGUAACUUUUGUAAUAGGUGUCAUGGAUAGAUUUUUCACCUAUCCAGAGAAUAUUCUAAAAAGAUAAACAAAGUGAAGUAAAAGUUAAGAUCCCAGUGUGAAGUAUAUAUUUCCCUAAGAUUUGAUAUCUGUAUCUUUAUAAUUGAUAAUGUUGUAAAAUGAAUUUGUUGUUCCUUUAACCUUUGCUGUAGUGUUUCUUUUUAUUUUAGUUCCUUCUAUACGUGUUUGCAGUGUUAAGAUAAUUGUACUUUGAAAACACCAGCUGUACAUAUUUUUCUUAUGUAACAAAGUUGGCUGAAAGAUAUGUAUAUUUUUGAUCUUUGAGUGUAUUCUAUUUGUGUAAGGACUUUGGCUUACAUUUGAAUAAUGUCUAGCUUUUGAAAACUUACCUGUAUAAUGGAGAAUUAAAACUCGGUAGACAUUUUGAAAUAAAAAUUGAUCAAGUG